AACAGACCUGAAAGAGAAAGGAAAAUACAAGCGACUUUUUUUCUUCUUUUUGCCCCCAUCUAUAAAGCGAAGCGAUACAAGAGAUAGAGCCACAUUGCCUUUGGGAGUCCAGACCCUCUGAGCCACUGGCGGGGCAUGGAAUGUACAAAAGUGGACAGAACAGUGGCUGGACAUGACUCGGUGCAAUUUGCUGGAAGUUUGUAAGUUUGACCACCGUUUGUAAAUUACUCUCAGAAGACUUUGUCUCUCUUGAUACUGUAUUAGAAUAGAAGUGGGGGUGAGGAAUAAAAACCUAAGUGGGAAAGGGGGAAAAUAUGUUGAAGGAGCUCUCUCAGUAGCCAGCCACUUCAGACUGCUUUCAUUUAAGACUAAGAAACCUAAGAGGGGAUCGGGAUUUUUGCCGGUGAUUGGAUUAGCUUGAAGAAAAGAGCAUGGUUCUGAAGUCCAAUUACUGACGUUGUUAAGAUCGAAAAGCUGUCUUCUUUGGGGAGAAGACUACAUCCUUCCGUUCCCCCCAGGAGGAGAAAACACCGACACCGGAGGGAGAGGACGGGACGGAGAAACCAAUGUAGUCUUCCCUGAUUUCGCCCAGUUUGAACAUGACUUCAGAAGCCUUGGGAAACAGUCCUGUUGUUUGUUUUUUAACCUGAGUAAGAGUGAAGGCUGCCGCUUCCAUAGCCCCGGGAGAAGCGUGUUUCUCUGCAGAAACACCCCUAGAAAUAAUUUCCGAAGCAGCUAGGUGAGCGGGAGCCCGGAUCUCUAUUAAUGACUCUUUUGAUUUCUUUUGCUGUGUGCUUCUGCUUCUUCCUUGACAAUCCCUGAAUUCGUGAACUGUCCCCGAGACUACUUCGUGUUUACAAAGUACCUAGAGGCUCUUGUCAGCCUGGUGGGGGGAGGAAAAAAAUCUACCAACUCUGCCCAACUUCUCCUGAGCUGUCAAAUGCAAUUAGAGUAAGUUGAUCAGGGUUUGUUUCCAACUUCCUCUCUCCAAUUGGUUUCUAAUCUUUCUCCCCACCCUCUCGUUACUCGCUCCCCUCCCCCACACCUUCUCCACUGUCUCCCCACCCUCUGAAGACCUCUAUUCAUGUGCCCUGAACACUGAAAACAGCUUUGCCUGCAAUAGACAGCACCAGCCUCUUGCACCUCACCAUCCCAGAGGCAGUAAUCAUUGUGUCCAACAAGAUGGGGGACACAGCGCCCCCGCAGGCCCCCGCAGGAGGGUUGGGAGGGGCUUCUGGGGCGGGGCUCCUUGGAGGGGGCUCAGUCACCCCGAGAGUACACAGUGCUAUUGUGGAACGCCUGCGGGCUCGCAUUGCUGUCUGCCGACAGCACCACCUAAGCUGUGAAGGACGCUAUGAACGUGGUAGGGCCGAGAGCUCAGACCGAGAGAGGGAAAGCACCAUGCAGCUCCUCAGCCUGGUCCAGCAUGGCCAGGGGGCGAGGAAGGCUAGCAAACACGCUAAGGCUCCAGCCUCGACUGCCACCACCACAGCCCCUCCACCGCCCCCUACUGCCCCUCCUGUGGCCUCCCAGGCGGCAGCCACAGCCCCACCACCUCCACCAGACUAUCACCAUCACCAUCAGCAGCACCGGCUGACCAGUAAUGAUAACAGUGGGAUAAACCGAGAGCAGCCGCCAGCUUCGACCCCGGGGGACCAGCGGAACUCAGCCCUGCUUGCGCUCCAGGGCUCUUUGAAAAGAAAGCAAAUAGUCAACCUGUCUCCUGCCAGCAGCAGGAGGCACAAUGGCUUUGUUGACAGCUCAUUUCUUGACAUCAAAAGGAUCAGAGUUGGGGAGAACCUUUCUACAGGUCAGGGUGCCCUCCCAGUAAAUAAUGGACAAAGUCACAUGAUGCCAGGGCCCUUGCCACUGAAUCAAACACCCCUGAGGAAGAUGAAUGCUCUACCACCUCCUGCACAUUCUCCUGGCAACAAUUUGUUUAACAUGGGCUUAAAGGAGGUGAAGAAAGAACCUGGGGAGACCCUGUCUUGCAGUAAACACAUGAAUGACCAAAUGACACAGGAGAGUGUUUUUACUAAUAGGUUUGGGGAUGACCCUGGAGAUCAACUGAUGGACCCUGAGCUGCAGGAACUGUUCAAUGAACUGACCAACAUAUCAGUGCCUCCCAUGAGUGACCUGGAGCUGGAGAACAUGAUCAAUGCUACCAUUAAGCAGGAUGACCCGUUUGGCAUUGACUUGGGUCAGCAGAGUCAGAGGAGCACGCCGCCGAGACCCUCCCUGCCCAUGGAGAAGAUCAUUAUCAAAAGUGAAUAUUCACCUGGUCUGACACAAGGCACUUCAGGCUCUCCCCAGCUGAGACCCCCAUCAGCUGGCCCUGCAUUUUCCUUGGCUAACUCUGCACUCUCCACUUCAUCCCCAAUCCCCACAGUUCCCCAGAGUCAGCCUCAGCUUCAGACAGUAUCAGGAGCAAACAGGGCCCUGCCAAGCUGGCAAGAAGUCUCCCAUGCUCAACAGCUCAAGCAGAUAGCUGCAAACCGCCAGCAACAUGCACGGAUGCAGCAGCAGCAGCAGCAACAGCAGCAGCAGCAGCAGCAGCAGCAGCAGCAGCAGCAGCCACCUCCCAGCUGGCCAGCCUUACAGUCCUCUGCUGGGCCAUCCCCUGGAGCAUUUGUGCAGGAAAAAAUCCCCAGCCCUUCCUUUGGCCAGCAACCAUUCAGCCCACAGGGAUCACCCAUGCCUGGAGGCACUGGCAGCAGCAACCAGUCCAAAGCAGCAGCCAACUACUCAUACAAGGCCAGCCCCUCAGCCCAGGCUGGACACCUGGAUGUGCUUCUGCAGCAAAAGCCUCAGGACCUCAGUCGAAGUUUUAUUAAUAACCCACACCCAACCUUGGAGCCCCGGCAUGGCAACACCAAACCUUUGUUCCAUUUUAACUCAGACCAAGCAAACCAACAGAUGCCUUCUCUUCUGCCUUCCCAGAACAAGCCUUCUCUUCUACACUAUACCCAGCAGCAGCAGCAGCAGCAGCAACAACAACAGCAGCAACAGCAGCAGCAGCAACAACAACAGCAGCAGCAGCAAGGUUCCCUGCCACAGCCACAGAGCUCAGUGGUUGUUCAACAGCAGCAGCAACAACAGCAACAGCAGCAGCAGCAGCAGCAGCAGCAGCAGCAAGGUUCGGUGACAGCUCAGCAGCAGCAGCAGCAGCAGCCGCUGCCAUCCCAACCCACCCAAGCUUUAUCAAGCCAGCCUUUGCUAAGGUCACCCUUGCCACUUCAGCAAAAGAUCAUGCUUCAGAAAAUGCAAAAUCAGUCCAUCGCAGGCCUGGGAUAUCAAGUCACUCAACAACACAGACAGGAUCAACACACUGUGGUAGGCCAGAGCACAGGCUCCAGUCCAAGUCCUAACUCCUGCUCAAAUCCAAACACUGGAAGUGGUUACAUGAACCCCCAGCAGUCCCUGUUGAAUCAGCAGAUGAUGGGGAAGAAACAGACCCUGCAGAGACCAAGCAUGGAACAGAAGCAGCAACUUCUCCUCCGUCAGCAGAUGCUGGCUGACGCGGAGAAACACUCCCCUCAGGAUCAGAUGAACCGACAUCUGACAAGGCCACCCCCAGACUACAAAGACCAAAGGAGAAAUGCGGGCACCCUACAGCCAGCUGCUCAAUAUUCUGGUGGCUCCUCUACAGUGAGUUUAAACUCUAACCAGGCCUUGGCAAGCCCAGUUUCAACACACACCAUUCUAACUCCAAACUCCAGCCUCAUGUCUACAUCUCAUGGGGUGAGAAUGCCCUUGUUAUCCACGGUUCAGAACAUCGGGAUGUAUGGAAACCUGCCUUGUAACCAGCCUGGCACCUACAACAUCGCUUCAACAAUGAACCAACUGACACAACAGAGAAAUACAACUCAACUGAUGACAAAUCAGAACAACCCUCUGAUGUCACGGCCAUCUCCCUUAGGGGCAAACAACGGUGACACUGUGGCCACCUUUGGAGCUGGAUCUGCUGGCAGUUCGCAGCAAUUAAGACCAAAUUUGACUCACAGUUUGUCAGGCAUGCCAGCCCAGAGGUCAUCAACUGUCAUGAUCACAGCCAACACAACAGCAACAAACUGGGCUUCUCAAGAGGUGACAGGGAAACAACAGGAAGCCCUCAAAUCUACAGGAGUCCGCUUCCCAACAAACACAUCUGCAACCUAUUCCCCAAACCAGUCUUUGCAACCAGGAGUAGGGAGCCAGCCAUUUUCCCAGAGGGCAGUGGCACCCCCUAGCCAGUUAACGCCAGCAGUGCAAAUGAGACCUAUGAACCAAAUGAAUCAGACAUUAAAUGGGCAAACCCUGGGUCCACUCCGGGGUUUGAACCUCAGACCUAAUCAGCUGACCACCCAGAGUCUGUCUAAUAUGAACCCAUCAGGAACAGGAUUGAAUCAGUCGAGGACAGGCAACAACCAGCCUCCAUCCCUGACUCCCAAUGCUUUUCCUUCAUCCAACCAAAGUUCCAGGGCUUUUCAAGGACCUGACCAUAGCAACGACUUAGCUUUUGACUUCCUCAGCCAACAGAGCGACAGCAUGGGCCCUGCCCUAAACAGUGAUGCUGAUUUCAUCGAUUCUUUAUUGAAGACAGAACCUGGAAAUGAUGACUGGAUGAAAGAUAUCAACCUUGAUGAGAUCCUGGGAAGCAAUUCCUAGGAAGGAAGGUGGUCCAAGGCUCCCAGCAGGGUUUUCCAAGGAUACUGCGACGCCAAACUGCUGAAGUCUGUGGGGAACUACAGACAUCAAAACAGAAGGUUGGCAGGAACCACAGUGGUGAACAUUUUGGUUCACAUGCUUGUUUUAAGAAAUUUUGAGCCUGAGUAAAACAUUGGGAUUGUUUUUUCCCUGCCUGAACUUCGGGAUGUGUUAUCCAGUUUGUCCAAACACAGCUGUGAUGCUGAUGUGUAAUUAAUUGUGUAAAAUGGUCUUCCCGAGUUCCUUUGCUCAGUGAAGGCAGUACAAUGGAACUCGAGACCUGUUUCAAUCCCAUAUUGUCAUGGACAGAUGCUUGUUCUAAGCGACAGGCAGCUAACUGUCAGCUAUUGACAAACAUGCUUUGACUUCUCUGCUGUUAUUUGUCUUAAAGCUUGCAGGAGAGAUUGAAAUGUUGCAUUGUUUGGAGUAACCUACAGGUUAUCCUAAGAAAGAGGGAACCAGAGAACCUGAAAGCUAUCCAGCAGAUUAAUUAAUUUCUUUCCUAGACGCACUCCUAAUUUUUGUAAUCUUCCCAUGUGUUUUGUAUUUUGGUGAGAUGCUGUCUCUCAUGAUAACAGAAAUGCAGGGCUUACAACCUGACUGGGGCUUCCCUGCCCACUUUUAUAGAUAACCAAGACUGGUUCUGAUCACGGCUGAAAUACCAGUGCACACAUGCCUGCAUCAAACUUCACUUCAAAAAAAAAAAAAAAAUUAAGCCUUGCCGUGUAGGAGAAAAACAUGGCGGUGGAUACCCAGCGGUGCUGCUCACUGUGAUUGCUAGCCACUGGUCUGUUUCCAAACAGAAUGAAAUUGAGCCUCCUAGUUUUUUUGGUAGUCAGAGACUGGUUUGUAAAAAAAAAGAAAGAAAAGAAAGAAAGAAUGAAUGAAAUGGAAGUGUGAAUUAGAGUCAGAUUAGAGAACAUUCUAUUUUGGUUGAAGGUAAGAAAUAGGGAAAGGCAUGAGAGGGCACAAAGCUAUUACACAGAGCUCAGAGGAAGCAGUAACUGACAGACAAUACCGCUUUUCCUUGGACAUAACAUGUGGACUUAGGUGGGCAGCUGAGCCCAGUGUGGUCUCUGUCGAGCCCCCCACUCACUAUUCCUGAUGCAGGGAGCCCUUGCUGUAUGGUGCCCUUCUUAUCCAGGUUUCCUCCCUCAGGGCUGAGUGCUAUAGCAAAACGUGCAUGUGCCUGGGUCACUCAGUGCCCACAUCUAUGUACACUGCAAAGGGGAGCAGGUAUACAGGUUUGAGAGGGUUCUAAAAGACCUCUACCACCCUCCUAAUCCAGAGACUCAAAGGCUAGCUACUCUCAACCUUUGAGUUAGACAUCCACACACUAAAAUACCAAGUAUGACUGACUUCAAGUCAUUUAAGCACCUGAUCUUCACAAACCUGUUCAGAAAAGGAGCACAUUUUCGAAAGCUCUGCAAAGUCCGCUUCUUGUCUUUAUGAUGCCUUUGGGCUCUCUCUGUCUUUCCCACUGCACCAAUAUUACUGGCCCGGAAUACUUUCUGUGCUGGUUUGUAAAUAUUAAUAAAUUACUUGUUUUGUAAACUUUUGUAAAGAAUAUUUUGGUAGAAAUACUUAAAACAUAUUCUUUGGAUUAUAUUUAUACAUAUGUGAAAUAAAUAUACUAUCGAAAGGUUAUAUUUUAUACAAAAAGUAAAUUGUUACCUUUUGUAUGCUAAUAUACAAAGUUUUGUAUAAUACAAUGGUUUAUUUUUAGCUCUACAUUUAAACUAUAGGUGAUGGAGUGGAAGCUUUGAAAAACCACCAAGAGGCUUGUUAAGCAAAUGUACAUCCUGAGACCUCACUCGGAAAGCAUUCCAGGUCGCAUCCCUCCCUGUUAUUGUCAUUUCCAGCUCAGAUCCUUUAUUAAGCCCAUAGUUCUCACGUCUCAUUUGAUGAUUCUGCUGUGCACACCGUACCAGUCCCUGUUGCCUGCGUCCUACUGUGUGUCUCCCCAUUAUACAAAACAGUGUUUCCCCAUGAAAAAAGAGAGGAAAAGCAAUGUGUGUGUGUGUGUGUGUGUGUGUGUGUGUGUGUAUAAACGCUGUGAUUGUGUGGCUCCUCCAGAUGACUGUACAUAUCUUCAGGACUUCUCAGUCAUAAUUCAGCUUGUUUCUCCCAACACAAACAGGACAUUCUACAGCAGCUGUCCAGUCGUCCAACUGAAGAGGCAAAAGAAACAAGGCUGGUUUUUCUUCUAUCUUAAUGUGAAUUUCAUAAUUAAUGUCUAUUUAUUCAGCUAUUCAUUAAAAUACAGGAUUCUUUGGGGGGGUUAUAACCUAUAGUUUUUCUGUUUGUUGGCAGCCUAUUACCAAAGAUGAUGUAAUUUUCCUGAAAGCUGAGAUAAUGACAAUUUGAUAGACAAACUUAGUAAGAGCCUCAGGAUUUACAGUGUCAGAGCUAUCGGGCGGGACACAAACUCCCGAUUAUAGACAUGCCGGACUACUUAUUACUGACAUUGUUUAUCACUCUGACAUAUAACAGAAAAGGUAAGAAUCAUUUCUCUUUCUUCUAUCUUCUUCUUCUUCUUCUUCUUCUUCUUCUUCUUCUUCUUCUUCUUCUUCUUCUUCUUCUUCUUCUUCUUCUUCUUCUUGUCUUCUUCUGCUCCUCCUCCUCCUCUGACUAGAAAGUAAUGUAGGCAAAUACUUCCUUCUUGGCUCUGUGUUCAGCCCAAUGAGUGAAGUCACUGAGUGAAAUACUGAUGUCACCUGCAUUGCUGUCCUGAACCCACGAAUGUAAAGAUUUCAACUUGUAAUACAAGCAUUUUGUACUGUGUGUAAUUCCAUGUGUAAAAAAAAAUAGUUUAAAACAAUUCAAAAGUGGUUUUCUUCU